GGCAUGGAAAGAUAUCGAGAAGGAGAAUAAUCAUCUCAGAGAUCUCACCAACCGCCAGGAGCUCCAAAUUGCUGAACAGACACAGAUUAUUGAGGACUUGCAGCUAAAGUGCCAGCGAUUAAACGCCCGAGCAAAGGAGGCAGAGCAGAUUAUGAAUUCAUCAAACCCGAGUCCAGCGGUCCUGGAUGAACUUGCUGUUCGGUCCCUGGUCGGUUCCCAUGGUCUGCAGACAGCACUGCCAAGUGUGCAUGAGCAUGGAGCUGGGGGAGACACUUUGAAGACCAGUGGACAGGGUACACACCCUUCUGAGAAUGCCGCUGUCCCUCUGAAGAGCCAUAGGGCAGAGGCUCUGAUGGCCGAUCAUAUCUCAGUGGAUCAGGAGAGGCAGGCCCAUGGCAAGAUGAUUUCUCUUAUGCAAGUCCUUCUUGGCUGUAAGCUAAAUUAUGAGCAGAGAGAAGAUUCAGAAUGCUUGGUGCUGACUUUCAGAAACAGUGGGUUCAAAUUCUCACUGAAAGAAGUCGAAGACGAACACGGAGAAUCCCUUGAGUACAAAUUUCUCAGCAGUGGUGUCGCACCGAAAGGCGAUCUCAAUGAGCUGCUGUUCACCACUUUCAGGGUUAAUCCAGCAAUUGGAGGACAAGUUCUGCGUCUCCUCUUGCCAGUGCUUGAUGAAGCUUCUGCCAAAUCAUAAGCAGUCAGUUGUAAUCGUUAAGUUUCUUUUCAUAUCCCUCUGUUCUUCUUUUUUAUUAGUUAUGCCUCCCAUCAUGCAGGGAGACAUGUAGAAAAUUUGAAGCUGUCACAGGCAUGACAUCAAACUUCUGUUGAUGUAUCUGUUUGUAGGCUAACAUGUACAAAAUCGUUUGUGGCGGCCAAAUUUCAAGUUUUGGGCCUAAGGAACAGGAGCAGAAGCCAGGGUGGGUAGGGGAGGCCCACGGGCGUUGGGGAGGAUGGGGUGAAGUUGUUGAUGCAGGCAACAAUAUGUGUUCAUCCGUCGAAGAGAAAGGCGUCAGAAGAUUGGCAGACCGUGCCUGGCACAGUCGCUGACCAGGGCGUCUAGUCUUGUCUUCGCAAGGCUGCACGAGGAGUGCGGACAUGAAUAAGGUGGCGAGGAAAUAAACUCUUGUGGUUCAAGGAAGAGUGCUUGCACUGUUCGCAAGAGCUUAGCAAGACCUUGCCGCUCAAGGAAUGAAUGGUACUUGUCAUU